AUGACUGCCAAGCCCAAGUUGGUAUGUGACCCUUCUGUCACUGUCUACAAAGGCUAUUCUCUGCAUAAAGAAACUGAGGAUUAUCUUGCUGCGCAUGGGUUAAGAAACGCUGUCUAUUCCAUUGAUGCUGAAGAUGCAAGAGAUGGGUUGUUUGAUGAUCUGGUUCCCUGCCCUUUUCAGGAAUCUGGACCAUCAAAGCAUCAAGAAGUUGCUGAACAGGAACAGUUAUCUGAUUGUAAUCUUUCAUGUAUUCUUGAAUUUGAUGGUGCCUGUAAAGGAAAUCCCGGGAAAUCAGGUGCUGGAGUCAUAAUUCAGCGGUUAGAUGGAUCUGUGAUUGCUCUACUGCGUGAGGGUUUAGGUAUUACAACCAACAACGCUGCUGAAUAUCGUGCAUUGAUCCUGGGGCUAGAUUAUGCUGCCAAGAAGGGAUUCAAGCAUAUUCGUGCUCAAGGAGAUUCUAAGCUUGUCUUAUCAGGUAUGCCGGGGGACGGUGCGGAUGCGAUGGACACACUCAACAAGUCCAUCAAGACGCUCCCCGAUCAGAUGACUAGCCUCGCCAAGGACUUCAAGGCCUUGAAGCCGCUCAUCCGGCGGUGA